CAAUACUUUGUCAACGAUGUCCGGGAGGUGGGAACCGGGUACCUGCUAUUUUCUAUCAGCCUGAACCGCUCUGAGCUCAGUUGGACCGGACUGGAUAUCCUUCUUCUCGUCACUGACUAUUGUAGACCAAACCUUAAGGCUCAAGGAUGUCUCACAAGAUCAAGGCAGGCUCUGUGGUGGAGAUGCAGGGAGAUGAAAUGACCCGCGUCAUCUGGGAGCUCAUUAAGCAGAAACUCAUCCUUCCAUACUUGGAGCUUGACAUGCACAGCUUCGACCUUGGUAUGGAGAACCGAGACGCAACAGAUGACCGGGUGACGGUUGAGGCGGCAGAGGCAGUCCAGCGUUACAACGUGGGCAUCAAGUGUGCAACCAUAACGCCAGAUGAGAAGCGUGUAGAGGAAUUCAAGCUUAAGCAGAUGUGGCGCUCGCCCAACGGCACCAUCCGCAACAUCCUAGGAGGCACGGUGUUCAGGGAGGCCAUCAUCUGCAAGAACAUCCCCCGCCUGGUGCCUGGCUGGAUCAAGCCCAUCAUCAUUGGCAGGCACGCCCACGGAGAUCAGUACAAAGCUACAGACUUUGUGGUCCCAGGGUCUGGAAAAGUGGAGAUGAUCUACACUCCCGCAAAUGGGGAGCCAGUUAAAUAUGUCAUCUAUGAGUUUGAGGGCACAGGUGGUGUUGCCAUGGGGAUGUACAAUACAGAUAAGUCCAUCAGGGACUUUGCCCACAGCUCAUUCCAGAUGGGUCUGACCAAAGGCUGGCCUCUGUACCUGAGCACCAAGAACACCAUCCUGAAGAAGUACGAUGGUCGCUUCAAAGACAUCUUUCAGGAGAUCUACGAGAAAGAAUACCGUGCUCAGUUUGAGGCCAAAGGCAUCUGGUAUGAGCACCGUCUGAUAGAUGACAUGGUGGCCCAAGCCAUGAAGUCUGAGGGAGGCUUCAUUUGGGCCUGCAAGAACUACGACGGAGACGUACAGUCUGACUCUGUAGCACAAGGCUACGGCUCCCUGGGUAUGAUGACCAGUGUGCUAAUCUGUCCUGAUGGACGCACAGUGGAGUCUGAGGCUGCCCAUGGCACAGUGACCCGCCACUACAGACAACACCAGCAGGGAAAAGAGACCUCAACCAAUCCCAUAGCCUCCAUCUUUGCGUGGACACGAGGCUUGCUCCACAGGGCGAAGCUGGACAAAAAUGCUGAGCUGAAAGUGUUUGCUGAGGCACUAGAGGCCGUCUGCAUCGAGACCAUCGAGGCUGGCUUCAUGACCAAGGAUUUAGCAAUCUGCAUCAAAGGCCUGCCAAAUGUGACACGCGCUGACUACUUGAACACCUUUGAGUUCCUGGAUAAACUGGCAGAGAACCUGAAUAUUAAGCUAACCAGCCAGCCCAAGCUGUGAACUCACCUCUCAGCCUCAGCAGUUUAACACAGACACACAAACAUACAUUUAAACACAUGCUCAUUCACACACAGACAUCUAUACACCUACUGGAAUGAACACUGGAGCAGAAAGGAGUGUGCCCAAUAUCUCCAGGAGAUCCAGUUACCCUAAAUGGACUGAAACAAGUCACUCCCUGACUAAGGCGCUUAUCAAGCAGGGUGCCUUGGCAAGAAGUAAGGAGGAUGGAUCAGUUCAGGGCAUCAUCCCUGUUAAUGCAUUACUAAUAAACAGCCUUACUUGUGCCAGUGAAAACUCUCUCCUGUACGGACACUGGACAGAUGACCCGAUGGCUCAGUGAUCUUUUUAACCCUAAUUGCACUAGGUCCCCUGAACUGAGCGUGUAGUGCGUUGUCAGUAUUUGUUGGUGAUCUUUGGUAUACAGGGGUCAGAAUGAGGGAGACUCUACAACCUUACUGCCUUAUUUGUUUUGUGUCAAAGUCAUCAGUUGAUUCUGGUCAUCUAUUGUGUCUUGUAAUGUUUUAACAAUACCUCAAGCAACAUUUUAUCAUUAAGUGCCACCAUAGCCUGUAUUUUACUAAUGAAACCUGUCAGCAGCACGACAGUGCAUACCAUUAGAGUUUACUGUUAAGUAGUAUUACUUAACAUAGAUACAUACUAUGUGGACUGAAAUUAAAAUUUAUAGCAUUCAAACAAGGGGACUGACUCCUGUACACAACUUGUAUACUAAUACUAGCAAGAUCAAAACACAUUCCUUUGAUAUAUUUUUUUUUACUCUUAUCACUAAACUAGUCAAGGUUGUUAAAGAGUGUAUUUAUUUGUCUAUCCUGUGUGUGUGCGUGUGUGUAUUAACAUCCAGUUAUGUUAAUAAUGUAUAUCCUGCCAUAAGAUUCUUCAUCAAAUUGUCUCUUGCUUUGUGCCCGACAUUAUGUCUGUCAAAUUCUGAUGUCAUGACUCAAAAUAAAUUAGGUUUUAAAGAAA